UUAACACAGUAAGAUCAAGUUGAACACACGUAUAGAUUUUAUCGAGUGUAGAUGAUACUGUUUAGCUUAUCUUUUAAAUGUUGUUUGAAUUCUUUGCCGAUAUGGAAAGUUGAAAAAUAAAUGUUUCUAAUGUUAAUCAAUUUUUAAAAAAUUGCAUAGAUCGAUUUGGAUAUUAUGUGUUUGUUUUCGGUACUAAACUUGUGUAAAUAGUCAAGAACGAUAAUUUCCGUUGUACAGAAGGAGUUAUUGUUCCUGAUGUGAUUUUGGAGAUUGGUAAUUUUAAAAGGCAAACGCACCUUUCACAACUGUCUUUGGAAUAUAUUUUGCAUCUUAAAGAUUAGACUAAUUAUAAAAGUAUUUUUAGAAAAAAAACUUUUUAAAAAUUGUUUAACAUGAAGAAAUAAAAUUAUUCAGGAUAUUAAAUCCAAUAAAAGAUAGAAGUGAACUCAACAUAGAAAAUGAUGAAAUCUAUUUAUUUACUGCUGUUGGUGUGGUCUGGCCAUGUGAAUGGUGAUUUUACCUGCACCCUUCCUACACCCGCCCCCAAUGCUCCUGCUAUACCUCCCAUCAUGAAGGCCUCCAACUCCUACGAGGCACGUGUAGAGGUCAACCUCUUAGACCGUAACGUUUCCAUGGUGAUGGACGAGUACCUGGACUACCAGAACAACAGGGGGGCGCUGUUUGUCUACCGCAACGGCCAGCGGAUCCAGGAGAUUUACUCCUUCUCCACUGAUGAGAUCUUUCGAGUCAACCUCGAUGAUAAAACCUGCCUAGUGAAGAAUUUAUCCACCGAUGCAUCGACCGCCAUUUUUGGACCGGUGAAGGCUGGUACUGAAAGGAUCCACAUUUUUGGUAGUGCUGCUGCUCUUAACUUCGCCGCUGAUAGCAAUGAUGUGUAUGUAGGCACUAAGAAAAUCCGUGGAGUAGAUGCAGAUAUUUGGACAACGUGUCUGUCGUCACCAGAAUUCAAAGGUCCCAUGAAAGCAACAUAUUACUUUAGCACGCAAGGUUGGGUCGUGUCGGCGCGACAGCAGCAGAUGUUGCUGAGGAUUGAAGUUGAGGGUCUGUCCCUGCGUCCAUCAUUUGCCUCUGUCGGUACCACCCUGCCCCCCGCCUCGGCCAGAUACUUCCACCACAUCUACGAUUUUAUAAACUACAUACCUCGAGUUGACCCUGACCCUUCAGUAUUCCAGACACCACCGGAAGUGGUCUGUACCAACAGGACAUCCACUAGACCACUGCCCACCUUCCCGCGGACCUUCAGGUACAGGGCAGAGAUUGUUGACCCCACAAGCUCAGUGAUCACACAUUACGCGAUCUGGUACAACGAAGACGCUAAACUGGUGAGAGAAGACAGAAGAGUUGUAGACCCUGAUCCUCAGCUCAACACGAAAAAUGCAGUGACGGAAAUCCACGACUUCAGCAUUGGGGUACGACAUGUCAUCAAACAAGAUGGCGGAUGUUCCAAUUACCCCAUAGACCUCAACGCCCCCGAUUCCAAAGAGGAUAUUGCCAGAUUUAGGUACAACCACUCGAUAAUUGUGGACAUUCGAGACCCGAACAGCUUUUUCCGGUUUAAUGAUCAGUAUAAAUUUUCCGGGCAACAAACUGUACGUGGGGUCCUCUGUGAUGUCUUCAGUGCUGUCGUUCAAAACUUUCCCGUGGAGGGAAGUCUAGUCAACGCUACAUUUGAGUAUUAUUUUCUGACCACAACCUGGCAAGAUUAUCCCCUGGAUGGAGCCGAAACUUCGGAUUUAAAUUAUCCAGUCCAGCUAACAGUAACAGCGCCCACGGUCGGUUAUAUCAGGAUUUACAACUUCUUUGAUUUCGCUCAAAGUUUCAUCAUGGCCGACACUUUUGAUCUGACUCCCUGUGCGAAAAGCGAAAGUAGAAUCAGAUUUAUGUUAACCUUUCCAGGUGACUACAACCCUAUGGCCAUGGACGAGUGGAAGCAGGUUGUCUACUUCAAGCUUGUGGAGGUCAUGAACGUCAGUCCCCUCAGGCUGAGCCGUGUCUUUGUGGAGAGCGACGGGAGCAACGUCUACGUCACUUCCUGGUUGCUAGGGACGCAGAACGACGCCCAGUUCCAAGUAAGCGACACGACGACAUAUGAGCACGUGGACGACAAGGUCAUCUUCAACGUGAGCACCAGCCAAGACUGUGCUGACCUCUGUGUGUUUAACGGCGACUUUACCUGCAACGCCUUCGAGUAUUGCAUGAACAACAACUUCGCGUGUCGAUUGCUGAAGGACAAACUGCCGUCAACUCCACAGAUAGCUAACCCCACUAUUUGUGUUUUAAACACACGGCCCGUCCCAGGCCAACCCAUCCAGGAGCUGACGGUGGCCGCUGCGUUUGCCGUGCUGGAGAAGGCUGUGAUGGGGAAACAAAUGGUCGUCAAUGUACACAAUGCCAACAGCGACAUGAACUUAUAUACAGCCAUCAACGUAGAAGUAAUUUCAGGUCAAGCACCAGGAACGAAACCAACCCCAUCCCUGCCCCUCCAGUUCUCAUACAGGACAGAGAUGGUCAUCCCCCAGUUGACCAGGGUCACCGAGACCUUUGUUUGGUACGACGGUGUCUCUGAUAUCGUGCGAUACGAUACUCGCGACGCUACGAGCGACACCCCUUACAUGAACACUUACAUUCACGACUUCCAGAAUGGUGUGUCCUACCAGAUUGACCAGGUGAGAAAAACGUGCGACAUGUCCCCCAUUGGUCCAGGUGUGUUUGACGUGGUCACUGGCCAGCCCAGUAAAGAUGGCAGCCAGGUGGUGUCCAUGAAGUCACCACAGAGCCUGUUUUACCUGAACAACCGCUACAAGUACAUUGGUCAGAAAAGUGUCAGAGGAAUUAAGUGUGACGUGUACGAGGCCUCUAGGACAGACUUCAGCCUGGCUGUGUACAACAUGAGUACACAGUACAGCGUCUUCAAGUACUACUUUCAGUCGGUGAGCUCAGCAUUUUACAAAUCUGGCAACCCAUGUGGCAGUAAAAAAAAUUUUUAUUCUACCCAGGACGGCUGGGACUAUGUGGUACCAGAUGGGACGGACAUCACCAACAGGAAACCAGUCAUGCUGGAGAUAGAAGAUUCUUCGACCAACUCAUUUUUCACGGUCAACUUUUUUGACUUUGAUGACCAGUACCAUCCGGCCAGCUACUUCGACACAUCACUGUGCUAUGCACCAGACCAGAAACACACCUUCAUUUUGAUUUUCAAAAAUCAGCAGUACCACCCAGUACUAGACCAGGUGUCCAACAGUUUCAUCAACCAAUCGGUCAACCUGCUGGCCCAACAAACCAGGACAUCCCCCCUACAGUUCCAGCAAGUUUCUCUCACCUAUGAUGCUGACAGUGUCUACCUGCAGGUGACUGCCCUGGGGAACGUGCCGCCAUUCUCAUUGUUUGAACCUGCAGCGAAAACUUUCCUCAACACCUCGACUGACGCCAUCUAUGCCAGCACCCCGCAAGACUGCGCAGCUUCCUGCGUCUCCAUCAGCAGCUUCAUCUGCAACAGCUUUGACUGGUGUGGGGACCCCCAGUACCCCAGCUGCAAGCUGGGAGAAAAACACAGCGAGUCGGAGGGGGACAUUAUAACCACCAACCCCAACGCCGCUUGUACACAUUAUUCCAGAUCUGAAAAUGGAACCUUCCCAUCAGUUGAUGUCACUACAAUGUACAAAACAAUCACUGAUUAUGUCUAUGAUAAUUUUUUCAAGAUCACAGUCACUCUCCCUGAUAAAUCAACAAAGACCUACAUCGCAACAGACAUCAGAGAUGACUUGCUCAUUCCCAGAGAUCCUGACACUGUUGAAGGUAGUUUCUUGAGGAAGUUUGCCAUCUACACCAACACAGCCUACAACAGUGACAUGGUCAAUGUGACACAAAGCAUGGUCAGUGUUUCAGACUGUGCAGGUCUAUGUUUGCAGGAAAACACAUUUGACUGCGCAUCAUUUGACUACAGUUUUCUAACCGGACAAUGUCGGUUGAGCAGUUUGUACCCAGAUCAGGCUGUCAUCAAUAAAGUUCCCAAGUACAACUACACAGCUAAUGUCAAUAUUUACUCAAAGCUCUACACUAUAGACUAUACAGUAUACCCUAGUGAAGUGUUCACCACUGUGGCAGACAAGAUCCUGGCCAAUGUCCAGUCAGAUGAGUUGUGUGCGCGCCAGUGCACCAGUAGCACAGACUUCCGCUGUGAGUCGUUUGAAUACUGCGAGGACGGGAGCUGUAAGCUAAGGAAAAGUCACAUGAUCCAGGCAAAACCACAGGAUGUGACGAAUUCUUCUGGGUGCACUCACUACUCAAGGGCCUACUUGUACGACUAUGUACAAAGGAACUACAAGACAUUUGGAGACCAGUCAGGAGCUGUGGUGCAGGCCAAGAGCACGUCAGAGUGCGCCAACCUCUGCUCCACUGGCCAGGGUCUCCUGGCCUGCGCCAGCUUCACCGUGUGUGGGGUGGACAGAGGCGCCGAGACCUGCACCUUGUCUACUCUGGACCCCACGGUCAACAAAAGUAUAGCGGUCGUAGACUCUGAGCACUGUUCACUAUUCACAAGAGCCAACCCAUUGCCACUUAUCAUCCCAAUUGUGACUGGUGGAACAGCAACAGCAACUUCUCCCCAACCUACAACAUCAACCAGUACCAGACCAACCCAGCGUUCUGCAGCACAAGUUGCCACCAACUCCAAUCCUUUCAUACCACCACCCUCCGGUAACCAAGGCACCAGUGUAGCUUGUGUUGGGGCAUCUACGGGUUCUUCUUCUGUGGACAUCGGUGCAAGAAUAGGAAUAGCUUUUGGCACUUUGUUUCUUGGGCUGAUUGUAGGUGGCCUAGCGUCCUUCCUUUUCUACAGAUUCAAAUUCACAAAAGAUGAGAUUGAGGCUCCGCACAUGUUGAGAUCCCUGAAAACCUAA